AUGAAUCCAGUUUCUUUUCUAGGACUGGAGAUAAAAAGAAUGAAAAAGGGAAUAAAAAUUAGUCAGAGACAGUACUCAACAAAAAUUUUGGAGACGUAUGGCAUGACGGAUGCGAAACCCGCUGAUACUCCUAUGCUACCUAAUACCACAACGGAGGAAAAAGGAGCAAGAAGGGAUUUUCCAUACAGAGAAGCUGUUGGAAGUCUACUAUACCUCACGGCCAAAACCAGGCCUGACUUAAAUUACGCGGUAACGUAUAGUAGCAGGAAAGUUCAAAAUCCUACCAACACUGAUGUUAUUAAUGUUAAGCGAGCUUUAAGAUAUCUUCAGGGUACGAAGGAUCUGGGAAUAGUCUACACCAAAUCCUCAGACUCAACCAUUCUAAAAGCGUACUGUGAUGCGGAUUACGCUGGGAACACUGAAAGUCGGAAAAGCACAACGGGCUACAUCGUGGAAUUCUGCGGCGGACCAAUUAGUUGA